AAUUCCUGCAAAGGAUCUUUUUUUUUUCAAAAAGCCUCAAUUGAAAGCUGACCAACCUUAAGACGCAGUCAUGAGUCUCUCUGCAAAGGACAAGGCCAACGUAAAGGCCAUCUGGGGUAAGAUCUCAUCAAAGUCUGAUGACAUCGGAGCUGAAGCCCUUGGCAGAAUGCUGGUUGUCUACCCUCAGACUAAGACCUACUUCUCUCACUGGGCUGACGUGAGCCCUGGGUCUGCCCCAGUUAAGAAGCACGGAAAGACCAUCAUGGGAGCUGUCGGUGAUGCCGUCGGUAAGAUGGACGACCUGGUUGGAGGUCUCGCAUCUCUCAGCGAACUGCAUGCUUUCAAGCUGCGGAUUGAUCCUGCUAACUUCAAGAUCUUGGCUCACUGUCUCCUCGUUGUCAUUGGCAUGUUGUUUCCAGCCGACUUCACCCCUGAUAUCCACGUGUCUGUGGACAAGUUCUUCCAAAACUUGGCUUUGGCUCUUGCUGAGAAGUACCGCUAAGUUGCGGUGGUGUGCGCACCAACUCGUGCGUUGUGAAAUUUUCUCUGACUACUCAGGACAGAGUGAAAUAAUGAAUAAACAUAUAAAAAAAAUAAAAUUAUUGUCACACUU